AAUACCCAGGAUUGCUACGAAGAAACAGGAAGCUGCCAGCGGUUGGUUGGAUUUGAGGAGUCUGGAGCACUGACCCACUCUGUCUGCAUGGACUGUUUCCGUGGAUCUUGUGGACUCUGAAGUUGCCAAGUGUGUGUGCCUGCUCCAGAAAACAAGCCACCAUUUUCCCACCCUUCAGAGUGCGGGGAAGUAUCUUACAGCAGAAGCAAACAGUCCAGUCUUCAACUAGGGACACCUACCAGGAUGUUCAAAAGGCUCAGCCCUCAGUCACAGCACUGCAUCGCAGAAGACGCCUAUUGUGAAACUCACCUGGAACAAACACAGCUGUUCUGUGAUACUGACCAGAUCACACUCUGCAGCAAAUGCGUCCAGUCCGAGGACCAUCAGCAUCACAGGGUGUGUGGGAUACAAGAAGCUGCUGAGAAUUAUGGGAAGUUAUUCCAGGAAACACUGAACACACUGAGGGAGAAGCUUGAAGCAGCUAAAAGCAUACUGACUGAUGAGCAAGAAAGAAUGGUGAUGAUUCAGGAAGAGGAACAAAAUUUUAAAAAGAUGAUUGAGUCUGAGUAUAAUAUGAGACUCCGGUUGUUGAAUGAAGAGCGUGAGCUGAAUCCCCACGGACGGCAAGGGUGCAUAGCUGACUUGAACUUGAGAGAAGCUCGUCUGAAUCAAGUGAUGAAGCUUGCCACAGAGCUAGAGGAGAAGUUCCAGGAAAUGUUACAGAGACUGGGCCACGUGGGGAGAGAGAACAUGAAGAAGCUGAAGGAGAGCGAAGCCAGGGUUUCUGAGCACAUCUGCAGCCUGCAGGUGCUCACCGCGGAGCUUGAGAAGAAGUGUGGGGACAGCACCUUAGCGUUGCUCAAGAAUGCAAAGUACUCUUUGGAAAGGAGCAACUCACUGCUACUUGAGAAUCUAGAACCUGCUCACAUCACAGACCUGAGUUUAUGCCACAUAAGAGGACUGAGCAGCAUGUUCAAAGUAUUCCAAAGACAUUUAACUUUCGAUCCUGAAACAGCCCAUCCCUGCCUGGCCCUGUCUGAGGACCUGAGAACUGUGAGAUUGAGAAAUUCCCAGCAGGAUGCACCUGGCAGCCCAGAAAGACUGAACUUCAGUGCCAUGGUGCUGGGCACGGAACGCUUCACCUCGGGGAGACACUAUUGGGAGGUGCACGUGGAAAAGGCGGCCAGCUGGCAGGUGGGCAUAUCCUACCAUGCCACAGACGGAUGGGGCAGCUCGCCCAGAGCCUCUGGAGAGAAAGUCCUACUCACAGGGUCGGUGAUGGCCGCGGAGCCGACGCUCUGGGUCUUUCCCCCGUUGAAAAGGGUCUUUCUGGAAAAGCAGUUGCAUACAGUUGGAGUUUUCCUUGACUACGAAUAUGGGCAGAUAUCAUUCUACAAUGUGACAGAGAGCUCCCUCAUUUAUAAUUUCUCCCACCUCACCUUCCAAGGAGUUCUCAGGCCUGUGUUUUCCCUUUGUAUCCCAAACGGAGACACAAGUUCAGACUCCCUCACCAUCUCCCCCUAGGACGGUCCUUCUUGCGAUGCCACCGUUAGCCCUUAAUCUUGUACCUGCAGAAUCCAAGACCACGAGAGACCAGAGAGUUUGAGAACAAGACUUUGAAAGAAUGUUUGUAAACUAACCCAAUAAAGAGUGUGUU